CCCCCGCCUCUGGCCUCGGGGAGCGAGCAGGAGGCAGUCCAGGCGGAGCGGGAGGAGCUGGCAGCGGGGCGCAUGCCAGGCAGGGGUCCUCAGGGCGCCCCAGCCGCCGGCGGCGGCGGCGGCGGCGUGAGCCACCGCGCAGGCAGCCAGGAUUGCUUACCACCUGCAGCGUGCUUUCGGAGGCGGCGGCUGGCACGGAGGCCGGGCUACAUGAGAAGCUCGACAGGGCCUGGGAUCGGGUUCCUUUCCCCAGCAGUGGGCACACUGUUUCGGGUCCCAGGAGGGGUGUCUGGCGAGGAGUCCCACCACUCGGAGUCCAGGGCCAGACAGUGUGGCCUUGACUUGAGAGGCCUCUUGGUCCAGAGCCCUGUUUCCAAGAGCGCAGCAGCCCCUGCUGUGACCUCUGUGAGAGGAACCUCCGCACACUUUGGGAUUCAGCUCAGAGGUGGCACCAGAUUGCCCGACAGGCUUAGCAGGCUGUGUGGCCCUGGGAAUGCUGGGUGGCAGCAAGAGUGUGCAGCCAUGGACAGUUCUGAGACCCUGGACGCCAGCUGGGAGGCAGCCUGCAGCGAUGGAGCAAGGCGUGUCUGGGCAGCAGGCUCUCUGCCAUCAGCAGAAUUGAGUAGCAAUAGCUGCAGCCCUGGCUGUGGCCCUGAGGCCACUCCAACCCCUCCUGGCUCUCACAGUGCCUUUACCUCAAGCUUUAGCUUUAUUCGGCUCUCGCUUGGCUCUGCUGGGGAACGUGGAGAAGCAGAAGGCUGCCCACCAUCCAGAGAGGCCGAGUCCCCUUGCCAGAGCCCCCAGGAGAUGGGAGCCAAAGCUGCCAGCUUGGACGGGCCUCACGAGGACCCUCGAUGUCUCUCUCGGCCCUUCAGUCUCUUGGCCACACGGGUCUCGGCGGACUCGGCCCAGGCCACAGGGAACAGCUCCAGGCCAGAGCGUGACAUGCAUUCUUUACCGGACAUGGACCCUGGCUCCUCCAGUUCUCUGGAUCCCUCAUUGGCUGGCAGUGGUGGUGAUGGGAGCAGCGGCUCGGGGGAUGCCCACUCUUGGGACACCCUGCUCAGGAAAUGGGAGCCAGUGCUGCGGGACUGCCUGCUGAGAAACCGGAGGCAGAUGGAGGUAAUAUCCUUAAGAUUAAAACUUCAGAAACUUCAAGAAGAUGCAGUUGAGAAUGAUGAUUAUGAUAAAGCUGAAACGUUACAACAAAGAUUAGAAGACCUGAAACAAGAGAAAAUCAGCCUGCACUUUCAACUUCCUUCAAGGCAGCCAGCUCUUAGCAGUUUCCUGGGUCACCUGGCAGCACAAGUCCAGGCUGCCUUGCGCUGUGGGGCCACUCAGCAGGCCAGCGGAGAUGACACCCACACCCCACUGAGAAUGGAGCCGAGGCUGUUGGAACCCACUGCUCAGAACAGCUUGCAUGUGUCCAUCACGAGACGAGACUGGCUUCUUCAGGAAAAGCAGCAGCUACAGAAAGAAAUCGAAGCUCUCCAAGCAAGGAUGUCUGUGCUGGAAGCCAAAGAUCAGCAGCUGAGACGGGAAAUAGAGGAGCAAGAGCAGCAACUCCAGUGGCAGGGCUGCGACCUGACCCCACUGGUGGGCCGGCUGUCCCUGGGUCAGCUGCAGGAGGUCAGCAAGGCCUUGCAGGACACCCUGGCCUCAGCCAGUCAGAUUCCCUUCCAUGCAGAGCCACCGGAAACCAUAAGGAGCCUCCAGGAAAGAAUAAAAUCCCUCAACUUGUCACUUAAAGAAAUCACUACUAAGGUGUGUAUGAGUGAGAAAUUCUGCAGCACCCUGAGGAAGAAAGUUAACGAUAUUGAAACCCAACUACCAGCCUUGCUUGAAGCCAAAAUGCAUGCCAUAUCAGGAAACCAUUUCUGUACAGCUAAAGACCUCACCGAGGAGAUUAGAUCAUUAACAUCAGAGAGAGAAGGGCUGGAGGGACUCCUCAGCAAGCUGCUGGUGUUGAGUUCCAGGAAUGUCAAAAAGCUGGGAAGUCUUAAAGAAGAUUACGACAGACUGAGAAGAGAAGUGGAGCACCAGGAGACUGCCUAUGAAACAAAUGUGAAGGAAAAUACUAUGAAGUACAUGGAAACACUUAAGAAUAAACUGUGCAGCUGCAAGUGUCCACUGCUUGGGAAAGUGUGGGAAGCUGACUUGGAAGCUUGUCGAUUGCUUAUCCAGAGCCUACAACUCCAGGAAGCCAGGGGAAGCCUGUCUGUAGAAGAUGAGAGGCAGAUGGAUGACUUAGAGGGAGCUGUCUCUAUAGCUACUCCUCCUAAUCCCCCCAGGCUCCACUCCGAGGAUAAAAGGAAGACCCCUUUGCAGGCACUGGAAGAAUGGAAGGCUCACCUCAUCCCCUCUCUGCAUUGUGCUGGAGGCGAACAGAAAGAGGAAUCUUACAUCCUUUCUGCAGAACUUGGAGAAAAGUGUGAAGACAUAGGCAAGAAGCUAUUGUACUUGGAAGAUCAACUUCACACAGCAAUCCACAGUCACGAUGAAGAUCUCAUUCAGUCUCUCAAGAGGGAGCUCCAGAUGGUGAAGGAAACUCUGCAGGCCAUGAUCCUGCAGCUCCAGCCAGCAAAGGAGGCGGGGGAAAGAGAAGCUGCAGCUUCCUGCAUGACAGCUGGUGUCCGGGAAGCACAAGCCUGAGGAGUGACGGGAUGGGGGAGGGAGGUGGGCCACCAUGUUUGGACCUGGGGGGGUGCUCUCCCCUCCCCCUGCAUAACUAAGGUGCCUGAAUCAAUUACGGAGAUACAGAGGCUUGAGGUCUUUCAGUGGAAAGGUGGUUCAUGUUCAUUCUCAUGAGUCUGAAACUGAGGAGUCUGCAAAUUGGAAUAUGGAGAGAGAGACUGAUUUGCUGAAUUUCCUUCUAAAUGUCACUCAAAAAUUUCUUUGCCAUGUCAUUCUUGGGAAUGUCUUGCACAGGAUUUGAGAAUAGUUUCAUCUCAGCCCCCAUUAGAGAGAAGUUGGGGUGAAUUCUGGAAAAAUGUCUCUUUUUCCUGCACCAUUUGCCUUCUGCUGCAACUAAAAUAUUUCCUGAUUCAAGAUUCUAUAAAAAGGAAACCAAGCAUAAGACUGUCGUCAUACCUGUUACACAUUCCUACAGGUGCACGAUCUAAGAGAGCUAAUUAACCUCAGAGUCUGGAGUUAACAGCUUUUCACCUUACUUCUCCUGUGAUCUAAUAUUAUCUUAGAAAAAUUAAUAUGCAAUUUCCAGAAGAUAUUUUGGUAAGACAACAGCCUCUCAGUGAUAUGCCACCUUUCAAUUUUCCUUUUGUGGCAAUGAUUGCAUCUGAAGAAAGGAUCCCUGAGAGUCUCUGUUUCAUGAGGACAUUCUGAAAUUUACCCACAAUGAGGCUGUGGAUGGAUCAGGGGACCUGUAUAAAAUGUUUGAGCCUGUUCCAUUUUCCCGUGGAACCUGUUUCACUCGAUGCCAGGCAGUGCAGCAUUUAGGAAAGCAGUGCAGUACUCAGUAAGGCAGUGCAGUACUCAGUAACACAAUACAGUACUCAGGCAGUGCAGUACUCAGGAAGUGCAGUACUCAG